CCGAUGGCGGCGGAGAUCCAGCCCCAGGCGCUGAUCCGAAAGCCGGUCCUGCUGCAGCGGGUCGAGGGGUCCCAGGAGGUGGUGAACAUGGCCGUGAUCGUGCCCAAGGAGGAGGGCGUCAUCAGCGUCUCGGAGGACAGGACAGUCCGUGUAUGGUUAAAGAGAGACAGUGGACAAUAUUGGCCAAGCAUAUGCCAUGCAAUGCCUUCUCCAUGUUCAUGCAUGUCUUUUAACCCGGAAACAAGAAGACUGUCCAUAGGUCUAGACAAUGGUACAAUCUCAGAAUUCAUUUUAUCAGAGGAUUAUAACAAGAUGACUCCUGCGAAAAAUUAUCAAGCACAUCAGAGCAGAGUCACGAUGGUCCUGUUCGUCCUGGAACUGGAGUGGGUGCUGAGCACAGGCCAGGACAAGCAAUUUGCCUGGCAUUGCUCCGAGAGCGGUCAGCGACUAGGAGGUUACCGUACCAGUGCAGUGGCCUCAGGUCUGCAAUUUGAUGUUGAAACCCGACAUGUGUUUAUCGGUGACCAAUCAGGCCAAGUGACCAUCCUCAAGCUGGAACAGGACAACUGCAACCUGGUCACGACGUUCAGAGGACACACAGGUGGGGUGACCGCUCUCUGCUGGGAUCCUGUCCAGCGAAUCUUGUUCUCCGGCAGCUCAGAUCACUCUGUUAUCAUGUGGGACAUCGGUGGAAGGAAAGGAACGGCCAUCGAGCUCCAAGGACACAAUGACAAAGUCCAAGCCCUCUCCUACGCUCAGCAUACUCGGCAGCUCAUCUCAUGUGGCGGUGAUGGUGGCAUUGUCGUGUGGAACAUGGAUGUGGAGAGGCAGGAGACACCCGAGUGGCUGGACAGUGAUUCCUGUCAAAAGUGCGAUCAGCCUUUUUUCUGGAACUUCAAGCAAAUGUGGGACAAUAAGAAAAUUGGCCUGAGACAGCACCAUUGCCGCAAGUGCGGGAAGGCCGUCUGCGGCAAAUGCAGCUCCAAGCGCUCCUCCAUCCCGCGGAUGGGCUUCGAGUUUGAAGUGCGGGUGUGUGACAGCUGCCACGAGGCCAUCACGGAUGAAGAACGUGCCCCUACCGCCACGUUCCACGACAGCAAGCAUAACAUCGUGCAUGUGCACUUUGAUGCCACGAGAGGGUGGUUGCUAACUUCCGGGACUGACAAGGUUAUCAAGUUGUGGGAUAUGACCCCAGUGGUGUCUUGAUGAAUCAGAAAGAUAGCAUCUCCUCAAGAAACGUUCGAUCCAUCCAAAUCAUUACCGGAGCUGUAAGAGACGCCGGAGAAGUGAGAGAAGGACCUGCCUUAGUUUGCGUUACCUGCGCACACGUGAGCUCGUGAGCGACCACUCCUGAGGGAACUCUUUCAACCUGUUCAUACAAUAUCAAAGAAGAUAUUUUUUUAACAAAUGGUUUAUACGGUCUGGCUGUGCUUCGUUGUUUUGAGUAUACUGAAAACCCAGCGUGGGAUGUUUCGUUUUUCUGUUUUUCGGCGCUUCAUUUUGCCUGUGCCCUGUGUGUUGGAGGGAUGAGGGCAGAGUCUGUCUGGGGGAUUUGGGGUCGUUAUAAAAGUGUUUCCAUGUGUUCUUUGCUUCGGCAGGAAUCUCAUCAGCGUCUUUCUCUCUAGCUCCCCUCCCCUUCCUCUGCCGUUCUUCCAAGUGUAUUUCCUCCUCUCAUCCACAGUGUUUCUGCUUUUAUACAAACCCUCAACUUCGAGGUGUAGAAAACGGUUUUUGUGGAUUUACCAACUGACUUCUUGAGUCGUGCCAAGAAUGAUUUGCUUAUAGCGUCUCGCCCCUUCAUGUUCCCUUCGGGUAGAGAUGACCUGUGUCUGUCAGCUUGCUGUCUUCCCCACUGAAAGAAACAGAACAGGCUGGCCUGAGAUCGGCCUCACAGACGCAGCUAGUCGGAACUCAGCGCCUUGGCCCUCAGUGCCUGGAUCCUUUUUAGUUCAGUUGGGCCUUCGGCGUCCUUUCUGUUUUAGUGUUACUGACUCGGCUCUUCCUCACUCAUGAUAAUAGAAAGAAAAUGAGAAGCAAAAAUCGGUCCUUCACCACACGUUGCUAAGAUGUGUUUUUCCAUGUGGCGUCUCCUCUGACCUUGAAUGUGUUAGUGACAGCAAGAUUGUAUGCUGCUCUCCUCACCUUCUGUGUUUGGUCCCCUUUCAAAGCUAGAUAUUAAAGAUUUUUAUCUUAAUGUA